CGAAGCUGGAUGCAACCAGAUGACUAAAUAUUCUAUAGAAUAGGCCAUAGAAACGGCUGGGUAGGUCAUAUCGACGUAUAUUCGCCUCAAGCUAUAAUUCAUAUAAAUAUCGUAAAUGGCCCUAUCCAUCUUGUUACUUUUUCAGACUAAACACUCUAAGGAAACGGUAUCUCAUCCACAAGAGUCAAGUUAAACACGUAAACCACCACCCCCCUUAUUCAAACCCCACAUAAAACCAUGACAACCCAUAACCAUCACCACCCCCAAGAAAUCCCCGGAGGUCCUAUCCCAACCGAAGACAAAGUCCUCGAGACAGGCGCCUCCCUAAUUCAAGACUUCCAGCCCGUGAAGCAGCUCUGCGCUCACCUCAACGCCUUCCACACGUACGCCGACGAGCCCGGCCGGUACGUCGAGACGAACCACUACUGCGCUCACCUGACUGAAGACGUCCGCCAAUGCAUCCUCUACGACAGCCCGGGCCCCAACGCACGGCUAAUCGGGAUCGAGUACAUGAUAACACCCAAACUCUACGCCUCCCUCCCAGCCGCAGAGCGGAAGCUGUGGCACUCGCACGUAUACGAGGUGAAAUCCGGGAUGUUAAUCAUGCCAGGUCCCACGACCGUGCCCGGGGCUCAGCAAGUAUGGGAGGCGGCCGAGACGCAGGAGAUGAAGCAUGUUAUCGGGCUGUACGGCAAGGUGUACCACUUAUGGCAGACGGACCGCGGCGACGCCUUGCCGCUCGGUGAGCCUAAGCUUAUGACGAGUUUCACUGCUGAUGACCAGUUUGACUUUGAGAAGGCGGUGGGGGAUCGCGAUAAGAGGUUCGGUUGUGAUUGGAGGCGGAAGAAGGAGUUGAGAGAGGGCAUCGAGGUGCCUCAGAUUCAUCCGGACGCUGAUGCGGCUUGGAAAAGACGAAAUUCUAUGUAGAGAGCAGAAAAGGGUGAGUUUUGAGCAUUGCCUCUACUCUCACUUGCCAUCUGAAUAAAACGCUUCAUUAAGGAGCGAUUGUAAACUAUUGAGAGAAGCUAAGCUUAGGAG